AUGUCCGACUGCCACAUUGAAAGUUUUGUAGUGCUUGAAGAAUUCAAAAAAGACGCUUUUGAUGCGCUGAAGGUUGCAAGUUCUGUUCACGACACAAUCGAGCAUUUUGCAGCCAGCUAUGUGGGACACUCCACCCAGACUUUUGAAACCAACCACACCAUUUGUGCCAUCACCGAAGCCAGGUUCCGUUUUGCAGGACCUAUUGCUGAAGCACAAAAAAUCAACGCUUCUUUGUAUGAAGAAACGGCUCGAAUCAAGCCUUCUCAGGAAAGACCCAUGAAGAUCGAGUAUGUGGUUCGUGGAGAUUCCAGAAAAUUCAAGUCCUUGCGUGGAUACUGUGAGUUUAAUUGCAACGGAAGACAGUUUGACUACAAGAGGGAGCUUUUUCCAAUGACAAGGGCACUUUACGGAGAGAAGAGUAAGCCAAAUCAGGCAAGCAUCACCGGUCCAGAUGGAGCAGUCAUCAAACUCAAUUCUGUGUACUUCCGGCCCAAUUAUGGAUUUCACGAAUGCAGCAGAAUUGUCGUUCCCAAAACAAGAAUCAGCACUCUUCUAGAUGUCUGUGUGGAAAGCACCGAUAAGGCAAACCUCGUCAUGACAAACGUCACAGUGGAGCUCCACAGGCUCACUUAUACAAAAGUUGAAAAGCAAAACACAAUUUUCUUUCCGCUGAAACCCGUCUCAAAGCACAGUUAUGUGACCAUUUCCAGCAAAGACUGUCACAAGAAAUUGGACGCUUUUGAAGAUUCAGAAAACGACUGUGUUCAGGUUCCUCCCAAGUACUUGAACAGCGGCUUGCCCAUUGUAGAGCCCACGCUUUACUGCAACGACUCCAUGAGAAGUUAUGGCAUCAAGGUGAAGGUGACGCUUUUGCAUCUCCAGCAUUCUUGGUCACAGACUUUGGAGAAUUUCGUUGAAGUCCAGGUCGCCUCGCUUUGCUUUGAUAAACCCAGAAUUCAGCAUAUCCCGUUUUUAGGCCAAAGACAGAAAACCGAGCGGAUCAGGUCCAUCGAGGUUUUCGACAGAUUCAGGUAUAGUCCCGGUCUUGUCACUGUGGGGCUUGUCAAUAAGGCCAAAAGAAAGGGUCUUCUUUACCACCAGCACAAGUGUGAAACCAUCACGGACGAUGCCUCUGUGACUGUGUUUUCGACUGUUCUGGCAAAGGUUCCUAGAAUGAGUGAAGCUGAGCAGAAGGAGAGGGAUUCCAGGGUAAGGUUGGAGAAUCUUGCUUUUGCGGGAAGUCCCAAGAGAGCGAAGUUGUAG